AAAAUUAGCAAAAUGUUUUUGAUAAAAUUAAAUCAACGUUCACUACUGUCAGCGGAGAAAUUAGUUGUCGCAAUGAAUCAAUCAAUGGGAUUAAAAAGGUAUCCCGUGCCUCCGCCAAAAAGAGAAAUCGAGUACCCGGAGAAAAUGAGAUUAAAGAUUAUGGAAAAAGUACCACAAUAUCCAGCAGCGCUUAGGCCAUUUAAGAUGCAGAAAAAAUUGCGAUUGAUGAGAGGUCCUGAAGAAAUACACACGUCACUUAUCCAUAAACAGUAUGGAAUAAUUGCUUUAAAAGGAGGAAGAUUGAAGUACGAGCACUUCGAGAUGGCGCGUAUGACAUUUGUAAGACGAUUUAAGGAGUUUCCCAAGUUGUUCGCCGUCUGGAGGGUUGACGCGCCCUGGCAGCCAAUUACUAAAAAGGGACAAGGUCAAAGAAUGGGAGGUGGGAAAGGACAUAUAGAUCACUAUGCGACUCCGAUAAAAGCUGGAAGGGUGAUUCUCGAAAUCGGUGGUGAUGUCGAAUAUUUCCAGAUUCAAAGGGUGUUGGAAAACGUGGCGAUGAAGAUGCCUUUUGAGGCCAAGGCUGUCACUUAUGAUAUGAUGGAGGCAGAACGCAUUGAAGAAGAAACUCUCGAAGAAACUAAUCUGAAUCCGUGGACUUGGAAGUAUAUUAUUCAAAAUAACUUAGCUGGUUGUCAUAACUGGAUCUCGCCAUCUGAUAAACUUUGGUUCUCUAAACACAUAUAA